CACCAGCUGAUGGCUGUGGGCGAGCGGGAGGGCCACCUGAGCGCGGACUGGCGCCUGCUGGCCCACUGCCAGCUCCACGACACGGACAGUCCGGGCCGCGCGCUCUACCAGCUGCUCAAGACGUGGCCGCGAUGGGCCGGCGCACGCGGCGCAGAAAUAUUUGACCUGAAACUGGUGUCGCGAGUGCAGUGGCUGGCCAUUCCAGCAGUAGCGCCAAUCUCGAAGCUGCAGCGCCCUGUCAAGACGGUCGUCAUCUGUCACACCAGAACAAAGGAAGCUACAGGUGCGGAGGGUGAGCGCCGUCAGAUGCGCAGCCUCCAGAACUUCGAGGUCCAUUGCCGCGGGCGGGCGGACCUGCCGUUCCACUUCGUGGUGGCGCCGUCUGGCGCCGUGUACGAGGGCCGCGGCUGGGAGCUGGCGGCAGACCUCAGCCUGGGCGUGGAGACGGACGCUCCAGAGGACUGUGGCGGCCGCUGCCUGGUCGUGGCGCUGAUGGGCGCCUUCUGCAGACGCCUGCCGACGCCUACCGCGCUCCACGCCUUGGAGACCCUGCUGGCGCUGGCGCAGGACCGGGGGGUCCUGGCACAGGACUACCACCUGGUGGGCCACUGCCAGCUGGCAGGCACCAUCAGCCCGGGCGGGGCGCUCUUCUCGCUCCUCAAGCAGUGGCCACGCUGGACCGACCGACCGUUUGGAGAUGAAGAUCGCGACGCUGAAGAAAGCGACCAUGUACAGUGACAGUGACUGCUCGUGUAUUGACUCGUUCUGAUUUUCUGAUGCUGCUUAAUAGAACAAACCUUCCGUCUAAAUCGUGACAAUGAAACAGUUAAUUUUCUCAAGCAGAUCGACUAAAAGGAUACUGGACAAUAGAAUACAAAGUAGCUCUUCCAGUUGUAAUAACUCUGUAGCUGAGACUGUUACAUCUACAUCUGCAGGGUGUCCCAGAAAUGUUGCGACAAACUUCUAGGGGAUGUGGGGCACAUCACAAGGAUUGAGAAUUGCAUAGCAACGCCGUCAUAUUCCGCUAGGUGGGGCUCUACACAAGAGUUUUGGCACCCACACUUACCGGCUUUAUAGAGCCUUGAUUUCUUUCUGUGGUGAGCCAAGAAAUCUCUCAUGUAUCGCAAACCUGUGGAAUCUGAACUGGAUCCCGUCGCUGCUACAAUCAAAGAAACUGCCGGUGUCUGGUGUCCGGCAGUCAAUGCUACGUCGAUGUCUGUGUGCAUGGCGUCUGAUGGUGCGAACUUCGAGCAUCUGUUGUAACAUCAGAGCCGUAUUCAUUUCGUACACCAUGUGUACUCGUUAUGUCCAAUAAAUGUUUCAAGUGAACCUCUCUCAGAUCUUCGGCCUCUGUUGCUACUUACCCCUAAUGUUUGCGGUCAUGGGUUCCUACGCAAUUCUCAAUCCUUAUCUUGUGCCCCACAUCGUCUAGAAGUUUGCUGCAACAUUUCUGGGACAUCUCGUACAUCUAGAAAUACACUCUGAAAGUUACCUAAUCGUGUGUGUUGAAGGGUCCACCUCCCACCUC